UCCGGGGCGGCCAAUGAAAACAGCGCGGGGAUCCACGUAGCCCGGCGGCGCGGCGCGGCCCCACGCGCGGCCUCGGUCCGCGGCGCUCCCCGAGCAAUGAAGCUGCUGCGGCGCGCGUGGCGGCACCGGACGGCGCUGGGCCUGGGCGGCCUGGCAAUGGGCGGCGUCGCGCUGCUCUACCUGGCGCGCUGCGCCGCGCCUCCCGACUCCGCGCUCUCCGGCCCCGCCGCACCGGCGCCCGUCGGCCCGGCGCGCGCCGCCGCCUUCCUGGCCGUACUGGUGGCCAGCGCGCCGCGGGCGGCCGAGCGGCGCAGCGUGGUCCGCAGCACGUGGCUGGCAGCGCGGCGCGGCGGCCCCGGGGACGUGUGGGCACGCUUCGCCGUGGGCACCAGCGGGCUGGGCGACGAGGAACGGCGUGCCCUGGAGCGGGAGCAGGCUCAGCACGGCGACCUACUGCUGCUGCCUGGGCUGCGUGAUGCGUACGAGAACCUCACGGCCAAGGUGCUGGCCAUGCUGGCCUGGCUAGACGAGCACGUGGCCUUCGAGUUCGUGCUCAAGGCGGACGAUGACUCAUUCGCGCGCCUGGACGCGGUACUGGCCGAACUGCGCGCUCGCGACCCUGCCCGCCGCCGCCGCCUCUACUGGGGCUUCUUCUCGGGCCGUGGCCGUGUCCGGCCCGGGGGCCGCUGGCGUGAGGCCGCCUGGCAGCUGUGCGACUACUACCUACCCUACGCGCUUGGCGGCGGCUACGUGCUCUCUGCCGACCUGGUGCGCUAUCUGCGCCUCAGCCGCGAGUACCUGCGUGCCUGGCACAGCGAAGACGUGUCGUUGGGCGCCUGGCUGGCGCCAGUGGACGUGCAGCGAGAGCACGACCCGCGCUUUGACACCGAGUACAAGUCCCGUGGCUGCAACAACCAGUACCUGGUGACGCACAAGCAGAGCCUGGAGGACAUGCUGGAGAAACACCGGACGCUGACGCACGAGGGCCGCCUGUGCAAGCGCGAGGUGCAGCUGCGCCUGUCCUACGUCUAUGACUGGUCGGCACCGCCCUCACAGUGCUGUCAGAGGAAAGAGGGCAUCCCCUGACGGCCGAGUCGGCCCGCGCACCCACAGGACGCCAGGGUCUCAACCGCGCGAGGCGGUGUUGCAAGGCCUCCCGUCGGCCUUCCACUGGCAAAGCUGGCAGCUUCUGCAUGGUCCUUAGCAUGAGGCUGGCCCUCAAGAGGACCCGGUUUACCUGGUGACAACGGGGUUCCGAGCAGAUGCCUCGCAGCGGUGGAUGACUCCUAAGCCCAGGAACCAGUCCAUGCCCACCCGAGAGCAUCUUGUUCUGGGUCUGGAACCAGCAUCAUGUCCAAGCAGAAAUGUCCUGUUUCUCGAUUCAAGUAUUUGAUCAGACGAGGGCAUCCUCAGCAGGCAGCCCCAUGGGGCCUAUUCACUUACCUUCCUCUCCCAGGCUGGGGCCAAGGAGCCAGAGGGUGGAUGUGGCAGAACUUGCAGGACCUGACUCUGAAGAAAAAUUCCCAAACCCAUUGGGGCAGUGGACAGUGUUAUGUCCUGAAGCCACUGUACUGACCGUCCACCUGCACCAAGGGCCAAGACCGCAUAAACUGGGCCCUGGCACUUGGAGACUCAAGGUGUGAUGCAACCCAACAGUUUUUAUCGAAGUUACUUCACUUUGUGCAGUUAGGUCAUCGCUUGCAUCUCCUGCUGGUAUCGUCUGUCACGUAUCAUCUAGUAUUUAAGUCAGUUGCGUGUGAAUCAGCUUUCAUGGUAUUUUGGUCUGUGUCUGGAGUGAAUUCGUGGUACGUGUAAUGCAGAGCUUGCCUGUGAUUUAUUUAUAAAUUUUGUAACUUUUGAAUAGUUUUAAGUUGGGCGUGUAUGGGUGUCUGUAUGUUUUAAGUUAUUUAAGAGAAGACUUUUCUAUCAGAACUUGGAAUUUAUGGAUUAAUCUAUUUUUCCAGCUUGAGUUGUAGACCCAUUGCUGCUCAAGUGUUGAAACAUGGAAGAAUUCAAAAGUAUCUAUCUCUCUUCCGUUUUCAUGGAAGGCGACCCCACUGCCUCUCUCUAAAAACACUUCUCUUUCAGCCUUCCUCAUGACUGCACAGGGCAGGUGUUUCUGGAAGCACUGACAAGGUUUCCCAAAGUCAGUCUUGACACAGCCGUGCUGGGGUACAUCCCCUUGGGGGCAGCAGGUGUUUGCAGCACCUUUGCACAUACCCGAAGAUUGUUUUGCAGUUGCUCAGUUGUAUCUGACUUUGCGACCCUGUGGACUGCUGCACGCCAGGCUUCCAUGUCCAUCACCAACUCCCAAAGCUUGCUCAAACCCAUGUCCAUCAUCAAGUCGGUGAUGCCAUCCAACCAUCUCAUCCUCUGUCAUCCCCUUCUUCUCCUGCCUUCAGUCUUUCCCAGCAUCAGGGUCUUUUCCAAUGAGUUAGCACUGUUCCUCCUUAAAUAUGGAGAGUGAGCUCAAUAGUCAUGGCCAAAGUCAAAUAAAGUGGUGAUGGACGCCCCUCCCCAGCUGGCUGGAUUCUGCAUUCUGUCUGGUAACCAGACCCUGCUGCCCCCUGCCUGCAACUUACUCUGGGGCACUGGGAACUGGACGGAGGGCACACGCCUCUGACCCGCCCCUUGGCUGCGAUUCUCAGGCUGUGGAUUUUAAGAACGGGUGUCUUGGCCCAGGCAGCUCACACAGUGUGGGUGGCUGUCUCAUGGCUCUGAAGGCUGGGAUUCUGCAAUCGGGUGCCAGCAUGGUCAGGUUCUGGUGAUGCUUUCUUGCUGCUGUGCCGAUGGCCACUUUCCCACUGCACUAUGGCGGAGGAGCCAGGAUGAGCUCUCUACUGUCACCCCAUCGCGGGGCCCUGCCUCACCCUGAGCCGGGGGUUGGGGCCUGCAUCUGGUCUGGGGCACAGUCAGCCUUUAGCAGCAGGUUUGGUUAUUCUCGUCUAAAGGUAGAAGAGUAUCCAGAACUCAGGGUCUCAGGCCAGAAGGAAGGAUGGUCUGGCGGUUGGUGACCUGAAUGCACUUCUCCUGCCUUCAGGACCACAGGGGCCCCACUCGCUGACCCGGCUCUGGUUACAAGGUGUGGGCUUUCCUCCAGAACUGACCAUGUGGCUAGACAAGGAUUCAGGAGAGGACCCAAGUUUUGGGGACACCAAGGGGAGCAAGAUGAGGCCCUGCCCCCUGCUAGGUGGGCGCUGGGGGAUGCUGACCACAGCAGGACGCCGCUCCUACUCACCGUCUGGGAUGACGGUCCUGGGAUGUCUUGUCUCAACUUCAGGAUCAUCAGAGGAGUUGGGGGACACACAUGUCUGU